AUGUCCCAGCCUGCCAAUUCGUUGGAGGAAUCGAUUCUGCCUACUAGCCCACAACUCGGCGGUUCAGUGGGUUUCCCAGAGACAAUGCCUAACAUGGGUUCCGUUAGCGGUGUGAUCAAGCCCGCCUCCAUUCCCGUCCGAGGUGGUUCGGACCGGUUGGCGGCCCUUGAGCUCGCUGAUGGCACGAUUUACCAAGGUUACAACUUUGGUGCGGAGAAGAGUGUGUCCGGUGAAUUGGUCUUCCAGACUGGUAUGGUCGGUUACCCCGAGUCCAUCACCGACCCCUCAUACCGGGGCCAGAUUCUGGUGGUCACCUUCCCCCUCGUGGGUAACUACGGUGUGCCCUCUCACGAUGAAAUGUGUGAGCUCCUGAAGGACCUGCCCAAGCGCUUUGAGUCCAGUCAGAUCCACAUCUCGGCGCUGGUGGUGGCAUCCUACGCCGGUGAGGAUUACUCACACUACUUGGCCAAGUCCUCCCUGGGCCAAUGGCUCAAGUCCGAGGGCAUUCCUGCUAUGCACGGUGUUGACACCCGUGCUCUGACCAAGCGUCUUCGCCAGACCGGCAGCAUGCUUGGCCGUAUGCUGCUGCAAAAGUCCGGUGACACCGACAAGGUCGGUGCCGCUGGUGCCAACUGGAAGUCCCACUUCGAGGAGACCGAAUGGGUGGACCCCAACACCAAGAACCUCGUUGCAGAGGUUUCCAUUCGUGAGCCCCGCCUCUUCACACCCCCGGCGAAUGUCGCUCUCAAGCACCCCUCCGGUCGCGGAGUGCGUGUGCUCUGCUUGGAUGUCGGUAUGAAGUACAACCAGCUGCGUUGCCUGCUGGCCCGCGGUGUGGAGGUCAUGGUGGUUCCUUGGGACUACGACUUCCCCACCCUUGCUGGAAAGGACUACGAUGGUCUGUUUGUGUCCAACGGUCCCGGUGAUCCCGCAACUCUGACCGUCACCACCAACAACCUCACCAAGAUGUUCCAAGACGCUCGCGUUCCCGUCUUUGGUAUCUGUCUUGGUCACCAACUGAUUGCCCGCUCCGUGGGCGCCCAGACCACCAAGAUGAAGUUCGGUAACCGCGGUCACAACAUUCCCUGCACAAGCAUGAUCUCCGGAAAGUGCCACAUCACAUCCCAGAACCACGGUUACGCCGUCGAUGCCGCUAGCCUGGAGAACGGCUGGGAGGAGCUUUUCGUGAAUGCCAACGAUGGCAGUAACGAGGGUAUCCGUCACACCAGCCGUCCCUUCUUCAGUGUGCAAUUCCACCCUGAGAGCACCCCCGGUCCUCGGGACACCGAGUACCUGUUUGAUGUCUUCAUCAACACCAUCCAGUCCACCAUUGCCUCCCCCGAGGCUCUCCAGAAGCCCGUCUCUUUCCCCGGUGGCACCAAGGCUGAAAAUGUCCUGGCUGCUCCCCGUGUUUCGGUCAAGAAGGUUCUGGUCCUCGGUUCCGGUGGUCUCAGCAUUGGCCAGGCUGGUGAGUUCGAUUACUCCGGCAGUCAAGCCAUCAAGGCUCUGAAGGAAGAGGGUAUCUACACCAUUCUGAUCAACCCCAACAUCGCCACCAUUCAGACUUCCAAGGGUCUGGCUGACAAGGUUUACUUCCUUCCUGUCAACGCCGACUUUGUCCGCAAGGUCAUCCAGCACGAGCGUCCUGAUGCCAUUUACGUUACCUUUGGUGGUCAGACCGCUCUCUCCGUUGGUAUCCAGCUUAAGGAUGAGUUUGAGGGACUCGGUGUCAAGGUUCUCGGAACUCCCAUUGAUACCAUCAUCACCACCGAGGAUCGUGAGCUGUUCGCUCGCAGCAUGGACUCCAUUGAUGAGAAGUGUGCCAAGUCCGCCUCUGCUUCCACCCUGGAGGAGUCUCUGCGCGUUGUUGAGGCCAUUGGCUUCCCCGUCAUUGUCCGUGCUGCCUAUGCUCUUGGUGGUCUCGGCAGUGGUUUCGCCGACAACAUGGAUGAAUUGAAGGAUCUUUGCACCAAGGCUCUGGCUGUCAGUCCCCAGGUUCUGAUUGAGCGCAGUAUGAAGGGCUGGAAGGAAGUCGAGUACGAGGUUGUUCGUGAUGCUCAGGACAACUGUAUCACUGUCUGCAACAUGGAGAACUUCGAUCCCCUCGGUAUCCACACUGGUGACUCUAUCGUCGUGGCUCCUUCCCAGACCCUCUCCGACGAGGACUACAACAUGCUGCGAACCACUGCUGUGAACGUCAUUCGUCACCUUGGUGUUGUCGGUGAAUGUAACAUCCAGUAUGCUCUCAACCCCUUCUCUAAGGAGUAUUGCAUUAUUGAGGUCAACGCUCGUCUGUCUCGCUCCUCUGCUCUGGCUUCCAAGGCCACCGGAUACCCUCUUGCCUUCAUUGCUGCUAAGCUGGGUCUUGGUAUCCCCUUGAACGAGAUCAAGAACUCCGUCACUCAGUCUACUUGUGCCUGCUUCGAACCCUCUCUCGACUACUGCGUGGUCAAGAUUCCCCGCUGGGAUCUGAAGAAGUUCACCCGUGUCUCCACCCAGCUCGGUUCCUCCAUGAAGAGUGUCGGUGAGGUCAUGAGCAUUGGUCGAACCUUCGAGGAAGCCAUUCAGAAGGCUAUUCGCUCCGUUGAUUUCCACAACCUUGGUUUCAGCGCGACCAACGCUCUUAUGUCUAUUGACAAUGAGCUUCAGACUCCCUCUGACCAGCGUCUGUUCGCUAUUGCCAACGCUAUGGCUGCUGGUUAUACUGUUGAUGACAUCUGGAAGCUCACCAACAUUGACAAGUGGUUCCUGUCCCGCCUUAAGGGCUUGAACGACUUCGGUAAGAACAUGUCUGCCUUCAACCCCACCACCGUGCCCGUGUCUAUGAUCCGCCAGGCCAAGGAACUUGGUUUCUGCGAUCGUCAACUCGCCAACUUCUUGGACUCCAACGAACUUGCCGUUCGCCGCAUGCGUGUUGAGGCUGGCAUCACUCCUAUCGUCAAGCAGAUCGAUACUGUCGCCGCUGAGUUCCCCGCUGUGACCAACUACCUGUACCUGACCUACAAUGCCACCGAGCACGAUCUGACUUUCGAUGAUCACGGUAUCAUGGUCCUCGGUUCCGGUGUCUACCGUAUCGGUUCCUCCGUUGAGUUCGAUUGGUGUUCCGUCCGUACCAUCCGUACUCUUCGCGAGCAGGGUCACAAGACCAUCAUGGUCAACUACAACCCCGAGACCGUCAGUACCGACUACGAUGAGGCUGACCGCCUGUACUUCGAGAACAUCAACCUUGAGACCGUUCUCGACAUCUACCAGCUCGAGACCUCUAGCGGUGUGAUCAUGUCUAUGGGUGGUCAAACCCCCAACAACAUUGCUCUGCCUCUGCACCGCCUGAACGUUAACAUCCUGGGUACCUCCCCUGAGAUGAUUGACGGCGCUGAGAACCGUUACAAGUUCUCUCGCAUGUUGGACCGUAUCGAGGUUGACCAGCCCGCCUGGAAGGAGUUGACCAGCACUGACGAGGCCCGUGGCUUCUGUGACAAGGUCGGCUACCCCGUGUUGGUUCGUCCCUCUUACGUUCUCUCUGGUGCUGCCAUGAACACUGUCUACUCCGAGCACGACCUCGCCAGCUACCUGAACCAGGCUGCUGAUGUCUCUCGUGAGCACCCUGUCGUUAUCACCAAGUACAUUGAGAACGCCAAGGAAAUUGAGAUGGACGCUGUCGCCCUUAACGGUGUUAUGGUCGGUCACUUCAUCUCUGAGCACGUUGAGAACGCCGGUGUUCACUCCGGUGACGCUACCCUGAUUCUGCCUCCCCAGGAUCUGAGUGCCGAGACUGUUCGCCGCAUUGAGGAGGCUACCCGCAAGAUCGGUAACGCUCUGAAUGUCACCGGUCCCUACAACAUUCAGUUCAUUGCCAAGGACAACGACAUUAAGGUCAUUGAGUGCAACGUUCGUGCCUCUCGCUCAUUCCCCUUCGUGUCCAAGGUCAUGGGUGUCGACCUGAUUGAGAUGGCCACCAAGGCCAUGAUCGGUAUUCCCUUCCAGGCUUACCCCCCUGUGUCCGUGCCCAAGGACUACGUCGGUGUCAAGGUUCCCCAGUUCUCCUUCUCCCGUCUGUCCGGUGCUGAUCCUGUUCUGGGUGUCGAGAUGGCUUCCACUGGUGAGGUCGCUUCUUUCGGUCGUGACAAGUACGAGGCCUACCUCAAGGGUCUGCUCUCCACUGGCUUCAAGCUGCCCCGCCGCAACAUCCUCUUCUCCAUUGGUGCCUACAAGGAGAAGCUCGAGAUGCUGCCCUCCAUUCAGAAGCUUUCCCAGCUCGGCUACAACCUGUUCGCCACCGCUGGUACUGCCGAUUUCCUGAAGGAGAACGGUGUUAACGUCAAGUACCUUGAGCACCUUACUGAUCACGAGGAGGAGGACAUGAAGUCUGAGUACUCUCUCACUCAGCACUUGUCCAACAACCUGAUUGAUCUCUACAUCAACUUGCCUUCCAACAACCGCUUCCGCCGCCCCGCCAACUACAUGUCCAAGGGUUACCGCACUCGUCGUAUGGCUGUUGACUACCAGACUCCUCUGGUCACCAAUGUCAAGAACGCGAAGAUCCUGAUCGAGGCCAUUGCUCGCCACUUCCCUCUGGAGAUCAUCACCUCCGAUUUCCAGACCAGCCACCGUACCGUUGUUCUCCCUGGUCUGAUCAACAUCGCCGCCUUUGUUCCCAACCUUGCCAAGCUCGGUUCCGACGACUUCCAGGCUGUGUCGCGUGCUUCCCUCUCUGGUGGAUUCAGCAUGAUUCGUGUCAUGCCCGUUGGUGUCGACACCUCGGUCACCCAGGCUAGCGAUUUGAAGAUCGUUCAGCAGAACGCUCAGGGCAAGGCCCUGUGUGACUUCAACAUCUCGGUUGCUGCCACUGCCACCAACUCCGAUCAGAUCAUCCAGAUGACUGGUGAGGUUGGCUCCUUGUUCAUUCCCUUCAACCACCUGUCGGGCAACAUCAACAAGGUCGCCACUGUCACCAACCACUUCAGCGCUUGGCCUUCCAGCAAGCCUCUGAUCACCGAUGCCAAGAGCACUGAUCUGGCCUCCAUUCUGCUGUUGGCCAGCCUCCACAGCCGUAACAUUCACGUCAUGAGCGUUACUUCGAAGGAGGACAUCAGCCUCAUUGCUCUGAGCAAGGAGAAGGGCCUGAAUGUUACCUGCGAUGUUUCAAUCUACUCCCUCUUCCUGACUCGGGAGGACUACCCUGCCUGUAGCGCCCUGCCUACCGUUGAGGACCAGAAGGCUCUGUGGGACCACCUCAGCACCAUCGACAUCUUCUCCAUUGGCAGCAUUCCCUACCAGCUCGCUGGUAAGGAGGCUACCCCCGAGACUGGUAUCGCCGAGGCUAUUCCUCUUCUCUUCACUGCUGUCGCCGAGGGCCGCUUGACUGUUGAGGACGUCUCCACCCGUCUUUACGACAACCCCAAGAAGAUUUUCGAGCUGCACGACCAGGCCGACAGCUCUCUUGAGGUCGAGGUUGACCGCCCCUACGUUUUCCAGAGCGGUGCUUGGUCUCCGUUCAACGGUAAGAUGAUGCGUGGCUCCGUUCAGCGUGUCGUCUUCCAGGGCAAGACCUCCUGCCUCGACGGCGAGAUCACCAAGGAUGCCACCAAGGGUAACGACAUGUCUGCCCACCGCAUUAUCCCCUCCUCUCCUCUGCAGAAGCCCACCACCCCCAUGGUCCGCCCCGAGAGCUCCCUUGACAGACACACCUCUGUCUCUGGUACUCCCGGCGCCCGCCGCGUCCGCACUCUGGACCACGCCAUCCCCUCCAUCGGCGAGCUAGGCCCUCCCCUCUACGCCGCCGCUUCCUCGCAGAUCUCCCCCUCGCUGGCCGAUACCCUCUCCCGCUCCACCUUCCGCGGAAAGCACGUCCUGUCCGUGAACCAGUUCACUCGCGCGGAUCUGCACACCCUCUUCACUGUCGCCCAGGAAAUGCGCCUUGGUGUCCAGCGCCACGGUGUCCUCGACAUUCUCAAGGGCCGUGUCCUGACCACCCUCUUCUACGAGCCCUCCACUCGCACCUCGGCCUCCUUCGACGCUGCUAUGCAGCGCCUUGGUGGACGCACCAUCCCCAUCGCCACCGAGCACUCUUCUACCAAGAAGGGCGAGAGCCUGCAGGACACCAUCCGCACUCUCGGCUGCUACGGUGACGCCGUCGUCCUCCGCCACCCCGAGGCCAGCAGCACCGAGAUCGCUGCCAAGUUCUCCCAGGUCCCCGUCAUCAACGGUGGUAACGGUUCCCUCGAGCACCCCACCCAGGCCUUCCUGGACCUCUUCACCAUCCGUGAGGAGCUUGGCACCGUCACCGGCUUGACCAUCACCUUCACUGGUGACCUCAAGUACGGCCGCCCCGUCCACUCGCUCAUCAAGCUGCUCCAGUUCUACGAUGUUCGCAUCCAGCUUGUGGCCCCCAAGGCCCUCGCCCUGCCCGAGGAGGUUCGCCAGCAGCUCGUCGCCUCCGGCCAGCUGGUCGUUGAGUCCGAGGAGCUGACUCCUGAAAUUGUCGCUCGCUCCGACAUCCUGUACUCCACCCGUGUGCAGAAGGAGCGCUUCGAGGACCUCUCCGAGUACGAGCGCCUCAAGAACAGCUUCAUCAUUGACAACGCUCUUCUCAAGCACGCCAAGAGCCACAUGGUCGUCAUGCACCCUCUGCCUCGCAACGCCGAGAUCUCCGAGGAGGUUGACUUCGACCAGCGGGCUGCUUACUUCCGCCAGAUGCGCUACGGCCUCUACUGCCGCAUGGCUCUCCUUGCUCUCGUCCUGGCGCCCUAA